AGGCGGAAGAACGUCUCGGCUCUACGCUCGGGAAUCCCGGGACCGCUGAGGGGCCACCCGGGGUGCAGGAAAGGGCCGCCGGGGCUGACUGGCAGCACUCGGAGUGUCAGGGCCGCGGACCUGAGGGAUGAGGAGGGGCCAUGGCCAGCGACGGGGCCAGGAAGCAGUUCUGGAAGCGCAGCAACAGCAAGGUCCCUGGCAGCAUCCAGCACGUAUACGGCGCCCAGCACCCCCCCUUUGACCCCCUGCUCCACGGCACUGUGCUCAAGGCUGCACCCAAGGUGCCCACCACACCGCUGAAGGCCAAGAGAGUCAGCACCUUCCAGGAGUUUGAGAGCAACACCAGCGAUGCCUGGGAUGCCGGCGAGGACGAGGACGAGCUCCUGGCGCUGGCGGCGGGGAGCCUGGGCUCCGCCGUGGUCAUGGAGACGGCCCGCCGCGUGCUGCGCGACCACAGCCAGCGCCAGGGGCGCCCCAGGCUGCCUGAGGCCCCGGGGCCCGAGCUCCGGCCCCAGCCUUCCACGGAGUCUCCCCCAGCCUCGAGUGGUGACCUCCGGCUGGUGAAGUCCGUCAGCGAGAGCCACACAUCCUGUCCCACAGGAAGCGCCAGCGACACCGUCCCUCUGCAGCGGUCCCAGUCCCUUCCCCACUCGGCCAGCGGCGCGCUGGGAGGGGCGGCCGAGCCCGGCACCUGCAGCGGCGGUGGUGCAGCCUUGAGUGAGAGAGAGGCGUCGCGGCUGGACAAGUUCAGGCAGCUCCUGGCCGGGCCCCACACAGACCUCGAAGAAUUGCGGAGGUUGAGCUGGUCCGGAAUCCCGAAGCCGGUGCGCCCCAUCACGUGGAAGCUGCUCUCAGGUUACCUUCCUGCCAACGUUGACCGGAGACCAGCCACUCUCCAAAGAAAACAAAAAGAGUAUUUUGCCUUUAUUGAUCACUAUUACGAUUCUCGGAAUGACGAAGUUCACCAGGACACCUACAGACAGAUCCACAUAGACAUCCCUCGAAUGAGCCCCGAAGCGUUGAUCCUUCAGCCCAAAGUGACGGAGAUUUUUGAAAGGAUCCUGUUUAUAUGGGCCAUCCGUCACCCUGCCAGUGGGUAUGUUCAGGGCAUCAACGACCUUGUCACCCCUUUCUUCGUGGUCUUCAUCUGCGAAUACCUAGAUGGCGAGGACGUGGCCGCUGCCGACGUGUCCCACGUGCCCGCGGACGUGCUGCGCAACGUGGAGGCUGACACGUACUGGUGCAUGAGCAAGCUGCUGGACGGCAUCCAGGACAACUACACCUUUGCCCAACCUGGGAUUCAGAUGAAAGUGAAGAUGUUGGAGGAGCUCGUGAGCCGGAUUGAUGAGCAAGUCCACCGGCACCUGGAGCAGCACGAGGUCAGGUACCUGCAGUUUGCCUUCCGCUGGAUGAACAACCUGCUGAUGAGGGAGCUGCCCCUGAGGUGCACCGUCCGCCUGUGGGACACCUACCAGUCGGAACCCGAGGGCUUCGCGCAUUUCCACUUGUACGUCUGCGCUGCUUUCCUCGUGAGAUGGAGGAAGGAAAUUCUGGAAGAAAGAGAUUUUCAAGAGCUGCUACUCUUCCUCCAGAACCUGCCCACGGCCCACUGGGGCGACGAGGACAUCAGCCUGCUGCUGGCCGAGGCCUACCGCCUCAAGUUUGCUUUCGCCGACGCCCCCAAUCACUACAAGAAGUGAGCCCGGGCCGCCACAGCCGGCCUCCCCCGCCCCGGGCAGCGCGCCCCACCUGCCGGCUGGAGGCCUGUGGCCAGGGAGAGGCCUUGCUGGAGCGACCUGCCGGGACGGGGACGGGGCGCCGGCUGCGGUCCAGGGCCCGGGGAGGGCUGGGCUGUCUUGUUUUCUGAGAUACCAAAGAGAGCUGGGGGGCCCCUGCCGUGCGGCCCAAGACGGCCGGCGCCUCCUUGCCCCCUCCUGGAGCCUCCUUGCCAAAUGACCCCCUCGUGGAGCCCGGCCCGUGGGCCUGUGGCAGCCGGGCGGCCGGCCCUCUGGGAGAGGCUGCUGUCUGGGCGCUGGGGCGGAGCGGGUGGCGUCAUCUCACUCUUACUUGGAAAGUGAAAAAUUUUAUUCUGUUGAGUGAGAGAGAAUAAAACACAAAACAGUAAGUGAAGCGUUGCACUCCCCUGCGACGUCUGGGCUCUCACCGGCCUCUGCCAGCAGGCGGGUGUCUGUGACCGCCGUCACUUUAGUUUUGCUGUGUACUUGCUUUCUCGGCUUGCCCUUGGCUUGGAAGCCUCGGGCGAGGGCCUGGGAGGCUCUGACGAGCAGGCGGGGCAGGGCGAGGCCGCUGGAAGUUGCCUUACUUUCUAUCCACCACCUCCGCAAAGAGAGAGCAGGCCGCACUGCGGGAGCUGUUCUGCGGGAGGUGCGGGGCGUCGGCUCGGCUGGGCUCCCUGGACGGGACGGUCCGGCCGCAGAGCCAUGAAGGGCUCCUCCACGUCCACCGCCACCGCGGGGCCAGGAGAAGACCCGGCCUCUCGGGGCGCCCUUUCUGCGUCUCGGGGGCCUGGAGGCAGAGUUGCUGCUGCUGCUGUUGGCUGGUCCGCAGGCAGGGAGCCCAGGGCGGAAGGUCCCAGGCGGGCCCUGCCCGAGGCUCCGCGGGCCCGGUCUGGCUUCUCACACGCUCCCUGCCUGGGCAGAGGAGCACCUGUCACAGACGUGUGGCUGGCAGCGACGUGGACACCCCUCUGGGGCUCUGACCCUGGAGCCCUGGCCUCAGCGACCCGCUUGCAGGCGUGUCUGCCUCCGCGGGCCAGUCCUCCGGGAGCAGCCGGGCCACUGCCUGUCCUCACACGGCUCAGGCACCAGGAUGCUGCCUGGAGGCUGUGAGGCCGCGGCUGGGAGCGCAGAUGCACGUGUGGGAUGGGUGUGCGCUCCUUGUUUUAAAAAAGGGUUCUUGGGUGAUGAGAUGUGGUGUAGAGAUCAGCACAAAACCCUGUGCGAACGGCAGAAGCUCCCAGUCAGCAGAGCAACCGCUUGCCUUAGACCAGACCCUGAGCGCCCCCCCCGCCCCCCCAGACCCCGGGCCUGUGGCUGCUCCCCCGCCAGGCAGCCCCUUCCAGGAAGAGCCGCUGGGUGCAGGCAGCCCCGCCCCGCCCCGCCCCGCCCCGCCCGCCGGUAGCCCGGGCUGCCUGCAUCGCCAGAACGCUGGGGACUCAAAGGAUGUGCCUCCAGAGACAGUUUAUUUUUCAAAUAGGAAGAGUCUGUGAAGUUCACUGAGGCCGAGUGCCUAUUUUCAUGUGUGUGUAAACCUGAAACUGAAUGCGAGGGGUGUUGACGAGGGUCCUUGGGGUCUGAGCCGAUCAAUCUGAAGUGAUUAAGGGUGUUCUGUCUGGAAUACAAUGUGCUGAACAAGGAAUAAAGAUGCAGUGAAACCCCCA